GAAGUUGUGCUUUACCGCUCCGGAUCCCUCUAAGCCCGGCGUGAUGAAGGCCAUCAUCCAACGUGUCACUCAAGCCAGUGUGUCAGUUGCUGGGGAACAAAUAAGUUCCAUUGGACGUGGCAUUUGUGUGCUCCUGGGUAUCUCUGUGGAAGACACGCAGAAAGAGCUUGAGCACAUGGUUCGAAAGAUAUUAAAUCUUCGUGUGUUUGAAGAUGAAAGUGGAAAACACUGGUCUAAAAGUGUAAUGGAUAAGCAGUACGAAGUGCUAUGUGUUAGCCAGUUUACUCUUCAAUGUAUCCUGAAAGGAAAUAAACCAGAUUAUCAUAUGGCAAUGCCUUCUGACCAAGCAGAAUCUUUCUACAACAGUUUCUUAGAGCACCUUCGCAAAGCAUACAAGCCAGAAUUAAUUAAAGAUGGCAAAUUUGGCGAAUACAUGCAGGUACAUAUUCAGAACGAUGGACCUGUGACCAUUGAACUGGAGUCUCCUACAGCCCCUGUUGACUCUAAACAAUUAGCAAAACUUGAGAAACAACAACAGAGGAAAGAGAAAACCAGAAUGAAGGUCCCUUCUGAAUCAAGCAGAGAACGAAAUCUUCCUAAAAGUAAAAAUGAUCCAAGUGCAAGCAGUGGGGCUGAAGGAGAUGUUUCUUCUGAAAGGGAACCCUAACGUCUCAAAGCCCUUUCAGGAAAGCUCAUAAACACUACUGGUGAUCUUCUGUGCUCAUUAGCUGAGGAUGUUAAAUUUCUAGAUGAAAAAUUAUUUGAUGCAGAAGGAGAAUUUGACUGAAGUAAGGAUCUCCAUCAUGGUGUAUUACAAACAACCAAAGGAAUGUUAUCAAUGUCCACCGUUAAUAGGUUUUAAAGCAAGUUUCUAUUUGGGUCAUUUCUUAUUUGCAGUAUUUUCAUUGCAGAAGUUAUAUAACUAUCCCUUCCAUAUAGUUAGGUUUUAUAUAACUGUAAAAUGACCACAUUAUUUUACCAGUGCAUAUGGUUCUUGGCAUAAAUGCUCUCAUCAUGACAACAGUCCCCCCACCCCCACCCCACCCCGCUCUUCCAGUGGGCAUGAGCAAUAUCAACAGAGAGGACAGCUGGAGGAACAGAAUAGAAAUGUCUCCUGCAUUUUGGAAGCUCGGUACAACUGCAGGUUUUCUCCAUCUCCUGCGGACUCCACCCAGCCCCAAACAAUCUGAAUCCUCAAAGGAAUCCCCAGGCUAUUUUGUAUUUUCCAAGCUGAUGAAGAGGCAGAGGAUAGUUCCAUCAUUGGUAUUUUGAGCUGUGUGAUGCUUAGAAUGUCUCUUAAAGUUCAACUCAUUACUUGAAAUUAAACAUCCCUCCCUCAGUAAAGGAUGGGUGAAAUCCUGAUAGAAUCCUUUUCCAGCUGAAAUGUGUGGAUGUUUUUCAUACUGUAAACAUUACUAGUGUAGUGGGACAACUCUACCAAAGUUGUUUUAGAAAUCAGUCCUGUGUGUAGAUAUCUACAGAGCCCUUUCUGACAUUUUUCUGUGAUUCCUUCCCAUACU